AUGCUCGCCGCGUCGCGCGACGAUACCGUCGAUGUCGACGCCGUCUCGAGCGCGGUUCGAUCGAUCGCGAUCGAGGACGACGAGGCGCGCGAGAGUAGAGAUGCGGACGGCGGCGAAAACGACGACGGCGACGACGACGACGACGAACAGACGAACGCGGACGCCGGGGCGAAGAAGAAGAAGAAGAAGAAGAAGAAGAAGAAGUCGGGCGCCGGUGGCGGGGUGAAGUCGACCUCGGUGCAGUAUCCGGGUGGUAAGCAGACGGCGCCUCCGAGCGUCCCGGCGCGCGAGCUUUACCCGAGCGGGACGUAUCCGGUUGGUGAAAUCUUACCGCAUCACGAACACAACUUGUGGAGAGAAACGGACGCGGAGAAGCGAGAGAUCGAGCGGAUCGAGGAGAAUUCGUACAACGAGGCGAGACAGUGCGCGGAGGUACACAGACAGGUGAGACGAUACAUCUCCGAGUGGGUGAAGCCCGGGAUGAAGUACAUCGACGUGUGCGAGACGCUGGAGGAUAGCGUUCGUAAACUCAUCGAAGAGCGCGGACUCGAGGCUGGGGUUGCGUUUCCGACCGGAUGCUCGAAGAAUCACGUCGCCGCGCACUGGACCCCGAACGGAGGGAGCGAGAGCGUCAUCGAUAAAGACGACGUAAUAAAGUUUGAUUUCGGGGUUCAAGUCAAGGGACGUAUCAUCGAUUGCGCGUUCACGAAGACGUUCAACGACAUGUACGAUCCGCUUCUCAAGGCUGUGAAUGAGGCGACGGAGACUGGCAUCAAGUCGGCAGGGAUCGACGUGCGUUUAUGCGAUAUCGGCGAGGCUAUCCAAGAAGUCAUGGAGUCGCACACGGUUGAGAUUCACGGCAAGGAGUACCAAGUGAAGUGCUGCAGCAACUUGAACGGGCACUCCAUUGAUCCGUAUAGGAUUCACGCGGGGAAAAGCGUGCCCAUCGUUCGAGGAGGCGUGCAGACCAAGAUGGAAGAGGGAGAGUACUACGCCAUCGAAACGUUUGGCUCCACCGGAAGAGGAUACGUCAUCGAGGAUGGCGAAUGCAGUCACUACAUGAAGAACUACGACGUCGGGCACGUACCGCUUCGUCUUCCGACGGCGAAAAGACUUCUCGGUGUCAUCGAUCGAAACUUCGGGACUUUGGCCUUCUGUAAGCGCUACCUCGACCGAAUCGGCCAAGAGCGAUACGGCAUGGCGCUCAAGAACUUGUGCGAUAACGGCAUCAUCCAACCGUAUCCGCCGCUGUGCGACAUCAAGGGAUCGUACGUGGCGCAGUACGAGCACACGAUUUUGUUGAAACCGAGCAGCGGAGUCGAGGUGCUCACGCGCGGGGACGACUAUUGA